UCUAAUUCCUUCUCCAACCAUUUUAGUACACAAAAUAUAAUGUGUCCAGCAAUGAAUAUGACUGUUGAAGAAACUGAGAGUAGAUAUCAAAAAGGAGUUAGGCAUUUAUGUGAAAAUGGGAUUACCAGAAUUCCAAGAAAAUACAUAUUGCCAGUUUCAGAUAGGCCAGUAAUUGUGAAAAAAGAAGAAAAAAUUGAUGAAAAUCUCAAUUUGCCCAUUAUUGAUUUUGCUCAGUUACAAGGCCGCAACAGAUCCCAAGUUCUCAAAUCACUUUCCAAAGCUUGUGAAGAGUAUGGCUUUUUUCAGUUGGUAAAUCAUGGUAUACCUAGCAAAAUAAUUCAGCACAUAAUUGAAGUUGGUAAAAAGUUUUUUGAGCUCCCAUUUGAAGAAAGAGCAAAAUACAUGUCUACCGAUAUGCAAGCAUCAGUACGUCUUGGCACAAGCUUUAACCAAAACAAAGAUGGAGUUUUCUGUUGGAGGGAUUUUCUCAAACUCAGUUGCCAUUCUUUGUCAAGUGAUCUCCUCUCACUUUGGCCCUCUUCUCCUGUCGAUCUCAGGGAAGCAGCUGCAAAUUAUGCCAAACAAACAAAGUUCUUGUACCAGUUGCUAAUAGGUGCAAUUCUUGAAAGCUUGGGAAUAGUGAAGGAAAAUGAAGUAAAUGAUAGUUUGAAAGAGUUUGAGAAUGGGAGCCAACUCUUAGUAUUGAAUUGCUACCCUUCUUGCCCAGAGCCAGAUUUAACACUUGGAAUGCCACCACAUUCUGAUUAUUGCUUACUCACACUUCUCCUCCAAGAUGAAGUGAAAGGUUUACAAAUACAACAUCAAGGAAAAUGGUUAAUAGUUGAGCCCAUUCCCAACUCCUUUGUUGUCAAUGUCGGGGAUCAUCUUGAGAUAUUCAGCAACGGGAGGUACAAAAGUGUGCUACAUAGGGUACUUGUAAAUUCUUCAAAAUCAAGAAUCUCAGUUGCUUCACUACACAGCCUGCCUUAUAGCUGCAAGAUUCAGCCUUGUCCAAAGCUAAUCAAUGACUCCAACCCCAAACUUUACAAGGAUACAGACUUUGCUACUUUUCUUGAAUACCUUUCGUCUUGUGAACACAAGAGCAAAAGUUUCUUGGAAUCCAGAAAAUUGAUUAAUUAAAUGGGAACCAUGUAGUAAUUAAUAAGUAAGACCACCAAAGGUUGUGGUGGGAGGUUUAAUUUCACGUUGAGUAUCGAGAAUGGAAUCGUCUUUGGAAGGGAACACUUUACCCCUAAAAUGAGACUGAUGCGAAUCUAGAUUAGUUGGAUCUCAAAAUGGAUACCGUAUAACGAAUGAAAAAUAAUUAUAAAAAAAAAAUGUAAUCUAGUAGGAGUACUCGUAGUUAGUUAAUUAUUACUUUUUUCCUUUGAUUAUUGAAUGUUGAUAAUUUAAAGUAAAAAGUUUGUGUACUACAGGUAAUUAAAAUCGGAAGAAAAAAUAUUGAAUCUCAAAGUAGAACUAAAAAAAUGUUUUUCAA